AUGGGUAGUGAAAACCUCACCAUCCGCCCUGAGUUCGUUCUCUUGGGUCUGUCCUCUGAGCCAGGACAACGGAAGCUCCUCUUUACUGUCUUUCUAGUUAUGUACAUCGUAGCCAUCUUGGGAAAUCUCCUGAUUAUGCUGCUGAUUAUUUGGGAUGCGCAUCUCCACACCCCCAUGUAUUUCUUCGUGAGCCAUCUCUCCCUGGUGGACGCUUGCUUCACCUCGGUCACCGUGCCAAAAAUGUUGGCCAACUUGGUGUCGGAAGCCAAGACCAUCUCUUACGCUGGCUGUCUGACCCAGAUGUAUUUCUUUUUUGCCUUCGGGGUCACUGACAGCUUCCUCCUGGCCGCCAUGGCUUAUGACCGCUACGUGGCCAUCCGCAACCCCUUGCACUACACCAGCAUGAUGAGCGGGAGCCUGUGUGUGGGGUUUGUGGCCAGUUCGUGGAUAGUCUCUCACCUCCAUUCCCUGUUGCAUAUUGUUCUGAUGAGUCGCCUCUCGUUCUGUGCUUCCCGGGAGAUUCCUCACUUCUUCUGUGACCACCAGCCCGUGCUAGCCCUAUCUUGCACGGAUACCAGUUUAAUUCAAAUGUUGAUUUUCACUGAAGGGGCCUUAGUGGUGCUGAGCCCGUUUGUUUUCAUUGUGAUCUCCUACGCCCUCAUCCUGGUCACCGUUCUGAAGCUGCCCUCAGGUUCUGGGUGGCGCAAGGCUUUUUCCACCUGUGGGGCUCAUCUCUCUGUGGUCACCCUCUUUUACGGCACGGUCAUUGGAGUCUACUUCCAGCCCACAGCUCGGUACUCAGCGGAGAAGGGAAGAGUUACUACAGUCAUGUAUACCAUUGUCACACCGAUGCUCAACCCUUUUAUAUACAGCUUGAGGAACAAUGAUGUCAAAGGUGCCUUGCGUAGAGCUCUGUGCCGGAAGGUAGAAACACAGUGA